GCAGCAGCAGGUGCCGGCGCGCGCAUCACCGUGUGCAUCACCGAGGACAUGGAGUCAAAAACCUCCAUCAGUCAAACUGCGCUUUAAUUCACCGGUCGAAGAGCAAAGCAGCGGUAUUCUCAUCCAGCGCAAACUUCAAGUGUGUUGUGGAGCUUGAAAGCAUGGAGAAAGGACGCAGCACCCCGAAACUCUACGGAUCCCUGGAUCAAACAGAGCUCUGCGGAGACACAGUCAAACAAGCUGAAGAGGAUGUGGUGUCCAUGGCUGAUUCCACCAUCACUGUGGAGGACAUCGAGGGAGAGCUCUUCAAAAUCGAGAGGAUAAAGGAUGCACUGGUCCGAAAAGAGUCUGAGCUCAGAUAUAUGAUGGAUGACAUCCAGUUGUGUACGGAGAUCACAAGGCUCAAAAAAGAACUCCAGAAAUUGGUUUCCAUCCCAGACAAAGACAAGUCAAAUAAGGACAGACAGCGUGAGGACGAACUACUUCAGCAGAUCCAGAAGCUGGUGGAGACGCGGGACUUUCUAGUGGACGACAUGGAGUUUGAGAGGCUCAGAGAGCGAGAAGAGGACAAAGAGAUGGCUGACUUCCUACAGACCAAAUUUCCCAACAGGUGCAGCAUGAAAAGUCACACCAAGGACAAGAGAAUGACGUCCAGAGCCCAGCAGACCUCGUCUCCGUACGUGACCAAGACAGGUGUCACCCUGCUGAAAGAGUGCUGCGGCUUCACCUGCUCCAUCAUGUAGACACGUGAAUGUAAAACAGGAGAGAGUUCAGCGACGAGUAAACAAGCCCUCAGAUCCGUGAUUCAGCACAAUAUUUUCAAGCACUCUUUCACAAUACAUUUCAGAACAGACGGCAGUGCAUGAGCACCAAACUGAUGUGCAUAUUAUGAAGAAGUAUUGCAUUAACCUAAUCGAGGAGACAUCCAGAAUUAGCAGUGCGAUUAG